AAACCUAGCGCUGACUGCAUGCGAACCCUACUCAAUGUCAUUAAAGCGGAGUGCUUAUCAUUGGAAGAAGUGAAAGUAGAAGAAGUCUCAAUGUACGAACAGGACUGGAAAUUCGGCGUCCAUCAACCACACUCCCUCGAUUGGGAACGACAGCAUGAGCAAGGUACGAUCCUGGCGCAGCUCGCACGCGAGGUCGGAGGGAAGGUUUGCGAACAAGAAGUGGUUUACACAUCGGGUGGAAAUCCAGAGUCUGUCGAAGACUUCGAUCAAGACGGCACUACGCUAUGCUCUACCCAUCUACAUGUUACGUAUUGCUUUGGGUGGAAGGUACUCAGACCAGGUCUCGGAGACUGUGAUUGUCAAGACUGCAAUGAAGGUGCGAGUCGACCUUGUGCUAGACCAGUCUGGACGGAUGCUAGCGAAGGUGAGGAGGAGUGGUUCGAUGCUUUGGACGAGAAGGCCUCGGAGAGGAAGAGCGUGCAUCUGGAGGGCCGAAGAGCAAACACAGAAGCGUCCCGCCCUCAUCGUUCUCCGAGCCAUCGUUCGGCCGGGAUGAGACUGGAGCAUGACAUGCGUGGACGCAUACUAGAUUAAGAGACAGAACGGGAGUCGCCCGUGAGAGGCCUCAAGGCAGUAUAGGAACUGUAGCGCAUCGCAAUAGCAAUUGAAAAGACCUUCCCG